CUCCUCUCAACUACAAUAGAAGAAUAUUAUAGAGACAAAGCCGAUAUGGGUGGAGCAACAUUGGAGUUAACAACAAUUGACCUGACUUCAGAUCUCCUUUCCGACAUUAACAUGACCAACAGCACCAGUCGCACAGAGGGCAUCCUAUUGUCUCCAUACUUUCAGCACUCACUGGGCAUAGCGGCCAUGUUCAUUCUGGCAUACCUGUUCAUCUUUUUGCUUUGCAUGAUAGGUAACAGUGUGGUGUGUCUUCUAGUCCUGAAGAACAGGCACAUGUGGACGGUCACUAAUGUCUUCAUCCUAAACCUUUCCAUUAGUGACCUGCUUGUGGGGAUCUUCUGCAUUCCCACCACUUUAGUGGACAACCUCAUAACGGGUUGGCCAUUCAGUAAUGUUAUAUGCAAGCUUAGUGGCCUUGUACAAGGAAUGUCUGUCUGUGCCUCCGUCUUCACGCUGGUGGCUAUUGCAGUGGACAGGUUUCGCUGUUUAGUUUAUCCUUUUAAACCCAGGCUAACACUUUUUGUGGCGAAGGCAAUCAUUGGGAUAAUAUGGAUGUUGGCCCUGCUCAUAAUGUUUCCCUCGGCCCUGAUGUUGACCGUCAAGCAAGAACAAAAUCACUUUAUGGUUGAAGGUGACAACUACAACCUGACCUAUCCUCUUUAUUCCUGCUAUGAGACCUGGCCUGAUCCUGAGAUGCGGAAAGUGUACACAACAGUGCUGUUUGCCCAUAUAUACCUGAUUCCCCUUAUUCUUAUCAUCCUUAUGUAUGGCCGCAUUGGAGCUAAACUCUACUCGACUACCUUUCACGGCAAGGUGAACCAGCCUGCAGGCGCUCCCCAAAGGAAGUCACCUAUAUCGAAAAGGAAGAUCAAAGUCAUCAAAAUGCUCAUCGUUGUCGCCCUUCUCUUCAUGCUAUCAUGGCUGCCUCUCUGGACUCUCAUGCUGCUGACUGACUAUGCACGUCCUGAAGGUGACCAAUUGGAUCUUCUAACAGGAUACAUCUUUCCUCUCUCCCAUUGGCUGGCCUUUUCCAACUCAAGUGUCAAUCCCAUCAUCUACGGCUACUACAACAAAAAUUUCCGGCAAGGAUUUCAGGCAGCUUGGAUGCAGCGACCAUACUGCUGCUCGGUCAAGCCUUCGCAGAUCCAUCUCAGGAGGGUCAAGAGGAGCAAGAAGCCUUGCUCCCCCUUGGACAAAGCUCUUAGUUCCAACACGCUGAACUUGGGAGUAAGAAACAAAAUCUACACCGACAACGACCUAACAGGUUGCGUCCGUCUGGAGAUGGGGCACAAAAAAGCGUCUAAGGAAACGAGAAGCUUGGGGGCAGAAGGAGGAAACAGCAGAACAGCAAUCAAAAGAGAUCUCCUGGAAGACAUCGACAGGAUCUCUCCAACAGGACCUACAGUAUACCAGGCUUGGGAGCUUUGA